GCUCUGGUUGGAAACGACACCGCGGGGAAAUGUGCCGCAUGUUCCCGCCGGGAAUCGCCCUCGCUCGUGGUAUUCCUGCGCCGAGGGGUGUUAUCGUCGGAUGCUAGUAGCCCCCCCCCCACACACAUACACACCUCCCCUCCGCCGAGCGAGCGAAGAAGAGGGGGAGAAGUGAAGGACUGAAGCCAAGUGUUUGGGGACUGAAUCGGGACGAACGGACCCGCUCCUACAUCCCUUCUGUCCCGAUGCGCCGCUUGGCCGGAUCGCUCCCCCGUCACUGAUUAUUCUGUGGGACAAAACAAGCCGACACCGUCCUCCCUCCCUCCUCCUCCUCCGUCUUCUUUUCCUUGCGGGAGACAACUAACGCAACAUGGAUCUCAGUAAAAUGGCUGUCAGCAUCAAUAAGGCCAUCAACACACAGGAAGUCGCUGUCAAAGAGAAGCAUGCUCGGACUUGCAUCCUGGGAACCCACCAUGAGAAAGGCGCGCACACCUUCUGGGCAGCGGUUAACCGGCUGCCUCUCUCCAGCAACGCAGUGCUCUGCUGGAAGUUCUGCCACGUCUUCCACAAGCUACUGCGAGAUGGACAUCCAAAUGUGAUAAAGGAUUCCAUGAGGAACAAGGCUGACUUGACUGAUAUGAGCAGGAUGUGGGGUCACCUGAGUGAAGGUUAUGGGAAGUUGUGCAGCAUCUACCUCAAACUGCUCAUCACCAAAAUGGAGUUUCACAUCAAAAACCCCCGCUUCCCAGGCAAUCUCCAGAUGUCAAACAGACAGCUUGAUGAAGCUGGAGAGAACGACGUCAACAACUUCUUCCAGCUGACGGUGGAGAUGUUUGACUACCUGGAGUGUGAGCUCAACCUCUUUCUGGGUGUGUUCAGCUCUCUGGACAUGUCUAGGUCCGUGUCGGUGACUGCAGCAGGCCAGUGUCGCUUGGCCCCUCUCAUCCAAGUCAUCUUGGACUGCAGCCAUCUGUAUGACUACACUGUCAAGCUGCUGUUUAAACUCCACUCCUGCCUUCCAGCAGACACUCUCCAGGGUCAUAGAGACCGUUUCCAGGAACAGUUUAAGAAAUUGAAGAGCCUGUUCUAUCGCUCCAGCAACUUGCAGUACUUCAAGAGGUUGAUUCAGAUCCCACAGUUACCUGAGAACCCUCCCAACUUCCUCCGGGCAUCAGCUCUGUCAGAGCACAUCAGCCCAGUAGUGGUGAUUCCCGCCGAGUCAUCGUCCCCCGAGUCAGAACAUAUGGUGGAGACAGAAGACCUGGUGGACACUGACAUCCCUGUACUACCGGCAGCGGUGGAAACCAAGUUCGAUGACCUCUUUGGCACCUCGGCUGCUACAGACCCCUUCAACUUCAACAGUCAGAAUGGCAUGCGCAAGGACGACAAAGACCGUUUGAUUGAACAGCUGACCAGGGAAAUCCAGGCCCUUAAGGAAGAACUUGAGUCCUUUAGACUAGAGAGUGGUCGGUUAUGCCAGGCGCUGAGGGGGCGUGUCAGUGAGUUGGAGGCGGAGCUGGCGGAGCAAAGCCACUUGAGGAUGCAGGCUGUCGGCGAGAGCGAGUUCCUCAAGGCGGAGCUGGACGACCUGCGGCGGGUCAAAGAGGACACGGAGAAGGAGCAGAGGAGCCUCACUGAGAUAGAGAGAAAAGCUCAGGCCAAUGAGCAGCGUUACACCAAACUGAAGGAGAAGUACACAGAGCUGGUCCAGAGUCAUGCAGAUCUGCUGAGGAAGAAUGCGGAGGUGACUCGGCAGAUGACUGUGGCCCGAGCAGCCCAGGACGAGGUGGAGGCAGUGAGGAAGGAGAUGCAGGAGAAGGUUAAGGCCGCCCAGGAGGCAGCAGACAGACAAGAGAAGGAGCAGCUAGAGCAGCUUCAGGAGCUCCAGACCGAGCUGGUCUCAAGCAGGGCGGAGCUGGGUGUCCUGAAAACCACCAUGACCUCCUCACAACAGUCAAGCGAAGCCCUCAGUACACAGCUGUCCACCCUGGAGUCUGAGAAGGCCGAACUAGUGGAAACCUUGUCCAAGAGGGAGGCAGAGCUGACUUCUAUGGGGGAGGACCUGGAGCAAGCCCAGAGCUCUCUGGCCAUCGAGAGGGAGAGCGGGGUGAAGACGGCAGAAGCCCUUCAGAACCAACUCAAUGAGAAGGAGAGCAGGGAGCAGGCGCUGGAGAAUCAGCUAGUAGCCGCUCGCUGGGCAAGUCUGCUGGGAGCUGUGGAGGAGGCUGAGAGGAUCGUACGAGACUCCCUGGUUCAGAUAGACGACCCAACACACAUUAGCUGCACCAGCUCGGCAGAAUACCUGGCAUCAAGGUGUCAGGCCUCCUUAGAUUGUAUGGACAGACUCCAGUCUACCAGAGAAGCCUUCCUGGCUGAUAACACAGGUGUGUCAGAGCUGAUGCGAGCGGUAACCCAGUUUGGCCACCUGGUGGGCGAUGCGAUUGUUCAGGGCAGUGCCACCUCCCACAUGGUGCCAGUGGAACAGGCUGAUGAGCUGUCGGAGAGCGUGAAAGCAUGCGGGUCCGAGGCCCUGGCUCUGUUGGGGUUGCUGAAGGAGCAGGAGAGCUUGGCCACAGCAGACGACUCCACCCUCCGGAAAGCUCUGGAGGGCAUCCUGGCUGCUGCCGAGAAACUGCGCCCUCGAGGUUUAGAGCUUCAGCAGGGCGAGCUGGGAGAUCUAGUGGAGCAGGAAAUGGCUGCUACUUCUGCAGCUGUUGAAUCAGCUGCUGCCAGAAUAGAGGAAAUGCUCAACAAGUCACGUGCGGUGGACACAGGAAUCAAGAUGGAAGUUAAUGAGAGGAUCCUGGCCUCCUGUACAGACCUGAUGCAGGCUAUCAAGGGGUUGGUGUUGUCGUCCAAAGAUCUGCAAAGAGACAUUGUGGAAAGUGGAAGGGGAGCAGCCUCCAUGAAGGAAUUCUAUGCCAAGAACUCUCGCUGGACUGAGGGCCUGAUCUCUGCCUCCAAAGCUGUUGGAUGGGGUGCCACAGUCAUGGUGGAUGCUGCAGAUAUGGUGGUGCAGGGCAAAGGGAAAUUUGAGGAGCUGAUGGUGUGUUCACAUGAGAUAGCUGCUAGUACAGCACAGCUAGUCGCUGCAUCCAAGGUAAAAGCAGACAAAGACAGCACCAACCUGCACCGUCUGCAGCAGGCGUCCAGAGGAGUUACCCAGGCCACCGCCGCCGUCGUGGCCUCCACCAAGUCAGGGAAGUCCCAGAUUGAGGACAAGGACACAAUGGACUUCUCAAGUAUGACUCUAACCCAGAUCAAACGACAAGAGAUGGACUCCCAGGUCCUGGUUUUGGAGCUGGAGACACGUCUCCAGAGGGAGCGAGAACGUCUGGGCGAACUGAGGAAGAAGCAUUACGAGCUGGCCGGCGUGGCAGAGGGCUGGGGCGAGGAAGAAGAGGGCACAGGUUGAGAUCUGCCUUCAGCAGCCCCCUUUUCCCUCACCUCAACCAGAAGCCUGGUUUAUGUCUGAUUCUUUCCAUUUAUACACACAGUCUUCAGUCAGUCUUUUCCUCCCUCAUUUUCUUCUCUCUCUUUUUUUCCCCCAAGCCAAACAAAAAAGGUGCUUCUUUUUUAAUUCCGUUCCUGCCACGUUUUCCCGGAAACUUCCAUGAGAAGAGCGCUGAGGGCUUUGUUGGGUGUCGGUGGAGGAGGAGGUGAUGUGGCCAGGAUGCCCCCUCCCCCCACACCCCAGUACUGUUGGCUGAGUAGCGGUUGACGUUAUUGAUCCAUUUGUAGUGAAUAUUUAUUUUCUUUUUCCUCCCCUGGUUCUGCUUUAAAUACCGGCGGUUCACGAGGGGAAAGCAUCCCGGAAGAGACUGUCUGAGCACAAGUUCUACUCGAGAUAUCCCAGGAUGCAUUACACAAGUGGCCAAUCCCUCAGUGAUCAUGUCUCCCUCCGCUGAGAGACGGGCAUCGGGUGCGGGUUACAGGGUCGCUGAGUCCGUGGACCGUGUGGCAGCAGGAGCUAAGUCUUCACUUUACCCACCAGUCCUGUGACCACCGUUUCCAUCCUGGGGCCCUUGUUUCUCUCUCUUUUCUGUCCCCACUGUGAGUUUUCUUACCUCUCUGACCCAUGCCCCAUCAGUGCUAACACGCCAGCUGGGUUACUGGACUCGAUGCCUUUCACCUCUACAUUUUUACUGACCGUGACUGUUAUCAGAGCCGACUGUUUUUGUCGGUAUUUUUUUUGUUUUGUUUUGAUGUUUUUUUUUUGGUUCUUUUUUUAAGCUCCCAUUUUGGAAACACUUGUACAACCCACAGGCCUAUGAACUCUUACCGUGCAUAAUUUUAAAGGGGUAGUUUAUGAAUGACAGGGUAACGAGAAGUUGCUUCCAAACACGAGACCGCUUCCCUUGAGCCAUGAGACUGCUGACUAGCUCAUGCUGCUUCGCUGCGGUAGAGGUCAGCGGUAGUGGUGCAUCAUGGGACGCCCCGAUGAUACGAGUAGAAUUGUCCCUAUCCACUGAUAGGAGGUUGUAACUUUUUUAUUUCCUGCUCUAAUGAUAAGGGAUAAGAAAGGGGCAGGGGAGUUGCUCCCCAAAACCACAUCUAUGUAAAAAAAAAAACACAAAAAAAACAAGUUUUGCUAUUGUUGGGUUUGAAACUUUUACAUUUGAUUUAAAAGACAUGCGCUACUUAGAAAUGACAACUUCCAUACCAGAAAUGAGUUGGCUUAUUAAAGGUUUUAGUCUCUCUCUCUCUUUCUCUCUCUCUCUCUCUCUCUGGUGCAUUUCUUUUUUAAAUAUACAUUUUUGUAGAUGCGUAGUCAGCAAUCAAGGGCUUUGUUUUUCAGUUCUGCAGCAAUAUGCUAACAAAAGAAAUAUUUCAACAAAGCAACAACUGCUAAGAAAUGGGGCUGGUUUCAAAGGGGGUGCUGGGAUUCGGUCACAUCCUGAACUCACAUAAUGACAUUGUUUCCCGACAGCUAGCGAGCACUCCUGUGUUGUUUGCUGUAUCCGUUUUGUGUCAGGCACAAUGAGGUGUAAUUACCCCACCAGCAAAGAAAUCGUGCUCCUGGUAAUUAUAACAGUUCCCCUUCGAACGGGCCGGCUGCUGCACUGGAUGACGCCCUGUGCAGACUGUGCGAUUUUUAUUGUCUCGCAUUUAAUGAAUGUUGGAUUAUAUGAAAGGACCCAAGUACAAAUCUUGAUAUCAGUCCUGUCAGACAGAGUCUGUUCUUUUGUCAUACCGUGCGAUGGGGCUGCAUGUGUGCGAUGUCUGCAGACCGCCCUCUUUUCGAGUUUGUCACAUCUCUAAAGUGAUUAAAAUCGCACAAUCCACAGAGGGCUUGAAUCUGAACAAGUCAUUUUGUAAUUCAUUAACAUCAGGUCAUAUGAAAAUCAAAACUUGAAUGUUGGGUUAAAUGGAUGUAUAGUAAUCUCACCGCCCAUUCUGAUGGCCCUUGUUCCACAUAAGUGACAAAAAGUUGUAUCAUGAAAUAUUGGAAGAAUUGUCAAGCUUACUACCUCUUCACAUACCCUGCUGGACCGAUGACCAACGUGCGAUUAUAAGUUCUUGACUUGCUGACUUGUCUGCAUUACCAGGACCAUGAUCUUUGAAAGUGAGCCUCUGAAAUAAACAUGUAUGCUUCAGGGGUUUCCUUUGAGUUUUCCCCAAGACCAGGUGGCUUUGUAUAUACUACAACAAGAGCUUUUUAUAUUUGGUUAUGGUCCUUUGACUUCACCUAGUCUAAAAGCCUUUACUGGCACUUCUUUUGCAUCCUCCUGAUUGACCAUGCAAAAGGGUGCCAAUUGAAAUCAUCCCUUACUAAUAUUUGUUGGUACCGAGGGUUUGAGAGCUGAAUUUGGUGACUUAGGCCACCAGAGUGUGAUUGACACAAUUCUUUCUGAGACUGGUAAACUGACUUUCAGCACAACGCCAGUCGACUCUGACGGCGCUCAAAGUGUACCACGGCACGGCCGUCUGUAGGAACUGUUUAGAAACCCAUGAGAUGAUCUGGUGUUCAUUUUGAACCCUUACCUUACCUUCUUUCUGAAUUGUAAUGAUGAUGAUGAUGAUGAUACUCAUGGAGUUUGUCUUCCUACACGUCUUAACACCCUUAUCUAGCUUUGGUGCUCCGCUUCAGCCAUUCUGAAGCUUUGAAAGUGGAUAUUCCAACAGAGCUCGAUCAAACGGUAUUUGCCCAUAUGUCAUAAAGUCGGUUUCUAACCACAGCAAAGAGCUAGUUUCAUGAUGAAGAGCUAGUUUCAUGAUGCUAAUUUCAGUUGAACAGACAGCUUGCAGGUAGUGUCAUAUAACUUUAACCUGUUGCAGAAAAGAGCAUCUACUUCACAUGAUCUUUUAUACUAACUUUACUGUUUUUGUAAAAGAAAAGUUGAAAUA